AUGACUCCCAGUUUUGUUGCCGCACUCGACCCCAAAUGCGCCCCCGGUGGAAACUUUGACCUCUCCAAAUGGAAGCUGCAGCUGCCCAUCGGAAGCCCUGGCAAGCCCAAGACCAUCUCCAGCGCCGAUCUUCAGGGAUGCAACGGCUUUGAGAACUUUGACUAUUUCUUCACCAAUAGCAAGGAUGGAGCUCUUGCCAUGAAGGUCCCGGCCAAGUCCCAGUGUGUUACCACUCCCAACAGCAAGCACUGCCGCACCGAGCUGCGGGAGGCCAACCCCAGCAAAUGGAGCCCCUUCAAUUCUCGCAACCGCCUCUACGCUGAUCUCGUCGUCAACCAGAAUGACGAUGAGAUCGUCGUGGGUCAGAUCCACAUCGAUGACUCCAUCUCCACCAAGCCUGUCAUGGAGCUUUACUAUAACUCCAAGGGCGAGUUUACUGUCGGUGUUCAGAAGUGCCGCACUUGCAGCCAAGCCAGAACCGGUGUUCUCGCCAAGGUCCCCAAGGGUCAGAGGUUCCAUUACGAAAUUCGUUACGAGAAGAACAAGCUUUCCGUCAGCAUCAAUGAUAGCCCCUACAAGGAGCUGGACACUUUCGACCUCAACGGACCGGACAGCUACUUCAAGGCUGGCAACUACAACCAGGGCGAAGGACCUACCAACACCCACUUUUUCAGCAUUAUCGUGACUCACUAG